UUCUGUGACCUUCCUGGUAGCAAGAAGAAUGACCGGGGCAAUCCCUGCUCCCGCGCCCCAUGCAGCUUCACCAUAGUUUUGAGAAGUGGACUGGACAAAGUCUCUCUUCCUUUUCUCAGUGCAUUCAUUUGACUUGGCUUCUCCCCACAGCACCCUACCACACACUGUUGGCUGUCUGAGCAGAACACGGCACGAGGGGAUUAAUCUGUCUGCCUCUUCCCUUCUUUCUAACAUCUCAACUUCAGAGACAGGAAAGGUGCCCUGGAUUUUCAUGGCAAUCCCAUUUGGGUCAACAGUCCCACCUCCCACCCCCAUGUCUCUAUUCCCUGAUCCCUAGAAACUACAAAACCAGUCAUUGCAGACACAUUUUGAAUUCGUCUUUGUAUCCUUUUUCGGAAAAAUUCCAAAGUAUUCACGCAUGUUGCAUCAAAUUCCACAACUGUAAAAGCCAGGUCUUAAAUAUUACAAAGCUACAUUAGAAAAAUGCACUGUUUCCAGACCCCUAAGAGUAUAAUUUGGGUACCGAAUAAGCAAUUUAUCACCAACCUAAAAAGAGAAUAUAAUUUCCAAAGUGUUAUCACUUGUGUAUAGCAUAUAUCCAAAUUGCUAAAAAAGAAAGUACUCAUGAUCCAGUCUGUCUUUAAAAGGAAAGCAGAGAGCAAAUAAGCAUUACUUAGUUUGUUUUAUAAGUGGGAAACAGCACAGGAAGCUAAUUGGACUAGUUCAAGGUUAUACCAAGAAUAGAUAAGAAAAGGACAGAGAUCAAAUAGAGGGUUCCCAAAUCUGAUGGCACCCAGAACUUCUUUAAUUAUACACCUAAACUGCCAUAGGUAUUAUGUACGAAAUAGUUGUGUCUUUCCUCAAAAACCCCACAUACAUUAAUUAUUAAUCCAUAUGUUUGCUUUUAUUUGUUAACAGCAUAUACACUUAUCAUCCAAUGCUUUUUGAUGAAAACAACCAUUUCCAAGCUAUAUUUCUAUGAUUCCAGACAGAGGCAAUGAAAAAAUGACAAUUUGGUUAGCCGAGCAUCCUUUCUCCGGAUAGACAUACCCUUUUCCUUCAACCUUUUGAAAUACUGAAAAUCAAUCCUAGCAAUCUAUCGCUCCUUUUUUGAACUCAGAUUCCCAAGGACCCUAGAUCAGGACCCACUGGCCUUACAAACUCCAUAGCAAUGUUUCUUAAACCUGUGCAUUAAAAUCACCUGGAGGACCGAUCAACAGAUCCCUAGGUCCCAUCCUCCCCCAUCUCUGAUGCUGUAGUUCUGGCGUGGGGCUCAAGAAUUGGACUUUCUAGCAGGUUCCAAGUUGAUGCUGAGGAUGUAACCCAGGAGCCACACUUUGGGAAACAUGGCUUUAGUUGUUGGGGCUCUUUGAUUCUGUCCCUGGGUUCUUAUCCUUUGUACCCAUGAAGCUGAGUUCUCCCUGAGCCUGGUAGUGAGAGGUUCCCUUGAGAGAAGUCCAGCUCUGCCACAACACUCCCUGUGGUGCCAGAGCUGCAGUCCAACACCACAUCCUGCCCAGUUCAGACGAGUCAGGCCUCUGCCUUCGAUAAGUUCUCGGAGGCCUAUUUUCUCCAUUGUCUGGAAUCUUGCUGGAAGUGAGAGGUUUGACUGGUGCAAAGAGGACUGCAAGAGGCUCGUUCUUAUCUCCAGAUCGUUUUCUGAGUUCUAAGUAAGCAAAUGUUUAUACACACAGCUGACCCAAAUUAGCUGGAGCUUCAGGGACCGAAAUAGGAAUAGCCGGCAACCAAACUCUAAGGCGAGAACAUGAAUUCCCCUGUGAGAAGCGAUUAAUCUUCCUCCAGGGGGAACGCGUCAGAUGUGUGGCUGACUGGAUUUAUAACCAUAUUUUAAUUCAAAAUCACAUGGACUUAUUUUUUUAAUUUAGGAAUCCAAAUUCCUUUUCGAUCUUAAAUGUCAAUGUCCUUUAAAUACAAAAUUUUGCCAUUUGAUACUCUCGGGGUUGGCAGCAGAAGUGGUCCUUUGUGUAUUUUCCAAAAAAAAAAAAAAAAAUCAACCAGGGUGGAGGGGGGAUGCAUUAUGAUUUUUGUGGGCCCGCAGGGGAGAUGGCUAAAGCCCACAUUCUCUGGAGUCACAGAGAAGGCAAAACUCAACCCCGGGGCCAUUGUAGGGGAAUUUUUCAUGGGGCCCAGUACCCCUCUUAAGUUUAAGGGCUGAAUUCACCCCCACCCCACCCCCAGCUGUGAGGAGAAGAACAUUUGGUAAAAGCAAUGUAAGUAUCUCUUUUGUAUUCUUCCCAAGACCUUGCUAAAUGGACGUAGCUUCCCAUCCUAUAGAAGAUUCUAGAAGAACUUUGUGCUCCUGGCAUCAGAAAACUGGACCCUAUGAAUCAUUUCACAGGGGAGUUAUUAGCAUCAAAGAAGUAACGAGUUUUUAGCUCUACAAAGCUAAGUUUCAGGAAAUCCAGUGUUUCUUAGGAAAAAAAUAAAUAAGCUCCACUAAUGAGAAUUGAAGAGUCAAGGGGAUAAGAGAACCAGAUAAAUUCCUCCUACGUCCCAAGCUCAAUUAGAAACAAUUGUGCUUGGAAUGUAAGAGACAUGUCAAGAUAAGUUCAUACUGUUCUUUUUUUUUGGGGGGGGGGGAGUUUCUUUAGGGAAAGGAUGCUUUGUUCUUUUUGACCACUUCAUAAAGAUCAAUUCUAAGAUCACUUGAAAGUAAUUAAGCCUCGCCAAUAUGUAAUACUUAAUUAAAUGACACCAGGUAAUAGGACAGAGGUGAAGACCAACUGAUGCAGGUUGCAUAGGCUCACAGGUGUCCACUGGACCUCAAGCAGACUUUCUGUGAUCUGGUUGCUUUGAGAGAAAACAGACUCACUCUUCAAGACACCCUUGCUACAAAUUCCACCUGUUGUCAAAUGCCAGAAAAAGGUCGGAGCCCAACCCCAGACCAAAGAAAAAUGCCACAAGCCACAGAGUGGAGUUGCACAUUUACUUCUCAAAGUCACUAACUGGGAAGAAAUGUGGACAAAGGAUCAUUUACAUAGCAGCAGGUGUGACCGAGAAGCCCAAUUUAAGAGUGAAAACAACAUCUGGAAAAUCAGUUUCCAGCACUGAAAAGUCCAACUGAAUUCCAUGAGCCAAGAAAAAAUUUGGAUAGUGACAAGACUGAAGAUUCCUUGAAACGCAAGGGCAGAAACAGAUCCAACCGUGCCGACUUGGUUACUAUGCACAUACUCCAAGCCUCCACUGCAGAGAGGUCCAUUCCAACUGUUCAGAUGAAGUUGAAAAGAGCCCGCCUCGCUGAUGAUCUCAAUGAAAAGAUUGCUCUCCGACCAGGGCCACUGGAGCUGGUGGAGAAGAACAUACUCCCAGUAGAUUCUGCUGUGAAAGAAGCCAUAAAAGGAAACCAGGUGAGUUUCUCCAAAUCAGCAGACGCCUUUGCCUUUGAAGAGGACAGCAGCGGCGAUGGGCUCUCUCCAGAUCAGACUCGAAGCGAAGACCCCCAGAGCUCAGCAGGAUCCCCACCAGAUGCUAAAGCUACGGAAGCCCCUUUGGCUGGCCCUCUGGGAACAAUUCAGGAUCUUGCUUCUGGCUCAGAAAAUGACAAGAAUGAUUCCGCCUCACAGUCCAGCAAUCAGCCAGAUGCUGGGAAGCAGGGUCUGGGCCCCCUCAGUGCCCCCAUCCCUGUGCAUGCUGCUGUAAAGUCCAAGUCCUUGGGUGACAGUAAGAAUCGCCACAAAAAGCCCAAGGACCCCAAGCCCAAGGUGAAGAAGCUUAAAUAUCACCAGUACAUUCCCCCUGACCAGAAGGCAGAGAAGUCCCCACCGCCCAUGGACUCAGCCUAUGCUCGGCUGCUCCAGCAACAACAGCUGUUCCUGCAGCUCCAGAUUCUCAGCCAGCAGCAGCAGCAACAGCAACAACAACAACAACACCGAUUCAACUACCCUGGGAUGCACCAAGCACAACUCAAAGAACCCAACGAACAAAUGGUCCGAAAUCCAAACUCCUCUUCAGCACCACUGAGCAAUACCCCUCUGUCGCCCGUCAAAAACAGUUUUUCUGGACAAACUGGUGUCUCUUCUUUCAAGCCAGGCCCACUCCCACCUAACCUGGACGAUCUAAAGGUCUCUGAAUUAAGACAACAGCUUCGGAUACGGGGCUUGCCGGUGUCAGGCACCAAAACGGCUCUUAUGGACCGGCUUCGACCCUUUCAGGACUGUUCCGGCAACUCUGUACCCAACUUCGGCGACAUAACGACUGUCACUUUUCCCGUUACACCCAACGCGCUGCCCAAUUACCAGUCGUCCCCUUCCACCAGUGCCUUAUCCAAUGGCUUCUACCGCUUCGGCAGCACCAGCUCCAGCCCCCCAAUCUCCCCCGCCUCGUCUGACCUGUCGGUGGCCGGGUCCCUGCCGGACACCUUCACCGACGCCUCUCCGUCCUUUGGUCUGCACCCGUCCCCAGUGCACGUCUGCACGGAGGAAAGUCUCAUGAGCAGCCUGAAUGGGGGCUCGGGUCCUUCCGAGCUGGACGGGCUGGACUCCGAGAAGGACAAGAUGCUGGUGGAGAAGCAGAAGGUGAUCAAUGAACUGACCUGGAAACUGCAGCAAGAGCAAAGGCAGGUGGAAGAGCUGAGGAUGCAGCUUCAGAAGCAGAAAAGCAAUAACUGUUCGGAGAAGAAGCCCCUGUCCUUCUUAGCUGCCCCCAUCAAGCAGGAAGAUGCGGUCUCCAGCUGUCCUUUUGCAUCCCAACAAGUGUCUGUGAAAGGACAAAACAGCUCCGAGAGUCAACCCCCCGCUUGCGAAGCGGCUCCACUCCUGCCCCUUGGAAACGCUCACUGUGUGGAGUCCUCAGGUCAAACCAACGUACUUUCUUCCACGUUUCUCAGUCCCCAGUGCUCUCCGCAGCAUUCGCCCCUGGGAGCUCUGAAAAGCCCGCAACACAUCAGUCUGCCCCCAUCGCCCAACAACCAUUACUUCCUACCCUCAUCUUCCGGGGCGCAGGGAGAAGGGCACAGGGUCUCCUCACCCAUCAGCCAGGUGUGCACCACACAGAACUCAGGGGCACACGAUGGCCAUCCUCCAAGCUUCUCUCCCCAGCCUUCCAGCCUCCACCCACCUUUCUCUGGAGCCCAAACAGAUAGCAGUCAUGGUGCUGGGAGCAACCCUUGCCCCAAAAGCCCAGGUGUACAGCCAAAGAUGGCUGGUUUACACCCUUCUGAUAAGGCGGGGCCCAAGUUUUCGAUUGCAUCCCCAACUUUUCCUAAGUCCAGUUCCACGGUUUCCGAGAUAACACAGCCUCCUUCCUAUGAAGAUGCAGUCAAGCAGCAAAUGACUCGAAGUCAGCAGAUGGAUGAACUCCUGGAUGUCCUCAUUGAGAGUGGAGAAAUGCCAGCUGAUGCCAGAGAGGAUCACUCAUGUCUUCAAAAAGUCCCAAAGAUACCGGGGCCUUCCCGAAGUCCUGCUGUGGUCCUCCCCAAGCCCUCGGCCUCCUGUGAACCAGCCUCUUCAGGAGGACAGCUCUCCUUUGAUCACUAUGCUGCCGACAGCGAGGAGCACCUGGAAGUCUUAUUAAAUCCCCACAGCCCCUUAGGAAAGAUGAGCGACGUCGCCCUUCUCAAAAUCGGGAACGAGGAACCUGCUUUCGAUGGGAUCAUGGAUGGCUUCUCCGGAAAGGCUGCAGAAGACCUCUUCAAUGCACAUGAGAUCUUGCCCGGCCCCCUCUCCCCGAUGCAAACACAGUUUUCACCCUCUUCUGUGGACAGCAGUGGGCUGCAGUUAAGCUUCACAGAAUCUCCGUGGGAAACCAUGGAGUGGCUGGACCUCACUCCACCCAGCUCCACACCUGGCUUUAGCUCCCUUGCCACCAGCGGCCCCAGCAUCUUCAACAUUGAUUUCCUGGAUGUCACAGAUCUCAAUUUGAAUUCUCCCAUGGACCUUCACUUACAGCAGUGGUAGAAUGCCAACGCUCAGAAAGACCAGUAGGAAUUCCAUGGGGGAUAUCUAUCACAAAACCCUUAAGUACUUCCCUUAUCUAGAAGAAGAAGAAGAAAAAGAAGAAAAUCCAAAAGAAGCAAUGGAAGCUUCUGUGACAAUAAGAAUAAGCAGGAGUCAUUUUUUAAAAAUAUAUAUGUUAUAUUUACUAACAUUCAGUAACUGUUUAAUAAUUUCAGCAAUGCAUUCAGAAAUGUGCAUUUUCAGAGUACAGAUGCAAAAAAAAUUUUUUUUCACUGCCUUUUUGAAUACCAAUAUUUUUUCUAGCCCAUAGUUUUUCUCAGGCAUUAUUGGAGCAGAAGCUCAUACUGUGAGCUUUUGUCAUGAAUUUAUUAGAAUUACUAUUAAAAAAAAAGUAUUUGGAGAGCAUGAGGAAGCCAGCCCUUAAAAGAUUAUGGAAGAUAUAUGGAUGGUGGAGGCUGCUUCUAACGUCUCCAUUGUCUGUCUUUCAAAAGAGCAACAAGGUCCAACUUCAGUUAGGGAGUCCUUGAGGCAAUAGAAGGACAGAACCAAUUCAUUCCCAGGAAAGCAAAAUCAACAUAAUGUCCUUCCACCCUAAAACUGUCCCCACUGGAGUGGUUCCAAUCCUGGACUGUGUGGUCACUGAUAACAACUAACUUGCACUGAGUCCAGAGAAUUCCAUUUAGACCUGUUUUUUUUUUUUCUUUUUCUUUUUCUGCCAGUAACCCAGUCAUUCCAUCUGGGUGCUGAUAAGCAUUGUGUAAUAGGUGAGAACUUUAAAGCAAGAAGACCAUGGAAGAAGAUUUCUCAGAUUCUCCUACAUAAACCCCUUUAGUUCCAAAAGCUAGAGAUAGGCAGGCAGAAAGGUAUCUCUAGACCCAGGAAGCCAUUAUCAGGGAUAAUUUAGACAGAAAACAGCAUUCUUCACACCUCCUAGGAAUGCAUACCAUGGAUUGCUAUUACAGGACUGUUCUCAUAGAGGUCCAACUUGUUGUUAUUGUUGUUAUGUUGCUCUUGUUCUGGUUCUUAUGAUGGGAAAGGGGGUCCACCUCAGUUUAUCUUUCUCCCACUCCAUUUAUCUUUCAAGAUAUCAGCCCUUUCUUACUCCUCUUUUUGAAGAUCUCUUUUUUUUUUUUUUUUGGCCCAGUAUUGGGAGGAGAGGAUGUCUCUGCUCUCACAAGCUCCACACUCCUAAUAAAGCCAUGUUUUAAAAGGUUAAAAGUCCAGGUUCUCCUGUAGAACCCAUGCUCUUGCACAGUUUGCUGCCAAAGGAAGUGCCAAGAAUUUCCUUAGGAAGAAACUGGUGACUUGGCCCAUCGGUCACAAAGCUCACUCUUACUCUCAUGUGAUUUGCAAGCAAUCUUAGAUUUGUGAUGCUCUGGGAAAAUUGGAAAUCAUUAUAUUGUAAAGAUAAGUAUGGAUGAUAUUUACAGGAGAGAGUGUUUCAGGUCUGGGUUUCUGAAAGAAAGCACAAUUGCAUAUUGAAAGCAAUGGAAGGAACAAAAGACCAUGGUCGAUAAUGAGCAUUCCUCAUUACCUCUUGUGCUUUGGAAGGCAGCUGGGAAAAAAAAAGAAAGAAAGAAAAAUAAAAAACUUGAUUUGCAGGACAGUCUCUCUAAGGCUCACAGUGGCUCCAGUCACCAUUUUAUAAUGUUGCAUGCUGUAGAAAGUAGCUAUUGCUGUUUUAUUUUUUUUUUAAUUUAAGUCACUAAGUCACUGUUUUCUUCUUUUGUAAAAAAAAAAUGUUGUUCACUGUGCACUUAUAGAGAACAUAAUCAAUGUUGUGAUGUUAAAAAGUUCUCAUUUUGGUUUCUUCUAAACCAAAGAUUUAGAAGUCAUUCCAUUGUUAACUUGUAAAAACUGUGUGAACACAGAGUGUUUUGGGUGACUGCUACUCUGAAAGCUGCCAGAUCUUAUCUGGGGUGGAGGAUACACACACACACACACACACACACACAACACACACAUCUUGCUCUAUACAUUUGUAGGCUGAGACUGUUAUAUGUGUGUGCACAUGCACACACAUAUAUAUGCAUACACGUGUGUGUGUGUGUGUGUGCAUGUAUCUUGAAAGCAGUGUUACAGAGUUCCAUACCAGAAGCCUUUAACCCUCAAUCUGCUGUGAAUGAUACCUGGCCUUUCUCACUACGUGUUCCUGUUAAUUAACCAGACUACACGUUGCCACUCUGUGUAUGACUAAGGGCUCCAGCCCAGUGACUCACAGCCACUUGCUGACCAUGAACAAGCUCCUCUUGCCAACGAAUAUGGAUGUGAAAAGACAGAACGGCUUUGCUAUUAGCAGCUGCGGAUGGUAACAGUCUUUUGUAGAAGAGUCCAUAAAAAGAACAUGAAAAUCAUCUUACAUUCCUUGAUCUGCAUUGUGCUUCAGAAGAUCUGCAUGGUAAAUUUUAUUAGUUUGCUUGUAUGUCAGUUAUCAGAACAACAAAAAAAAUCUAGAGGGAAAAAAUCCUGAUGAAGCUAUGAGAAAGAGACCUUAUUGACACAUUCCACACAUUGGUUUAUUCCUCAGAUGAUGAUGUUUUAUUUGAGUCUUGAUGAAGCUUGCUGCUCGGUCCACUUUUGUAUGUUAUUUCCCCCCUUUCUUUCCUUUUUGGAAAACAAACUCACAUGGUAUCCCGACUUGAAGACCUGGUCUGAGUGUUAAUGGUUCUUUUUCUUUGGGAAUUUCUAGCUGAGGGAUGAGAUCUGAUUAGGAGACCUCUGUACUUGGCUAGACUGUGCCUUUACGUUGGGUUGUGUUUUUGCAUAUUCCUCAAGACUGAAAUACAAGAUUCACGGUAGACAAUAGAUAAAAUGGCUCCUAUUUGCUACCACAAACUAACACAGUUAAAAGAGCAGAUCCCUAGAUAAGUGGUCUCAACCGCCUCCCACAGUCUGCACAUGCCAUAUUCACCCUGUGUCAGGGAAUUGGAGGGAGAAAACUGGAGAUGCUUGAGUGGGAAAUGAUGAAGAUGGCUGCAUCCAAUCAGAUAAUUUAUGUUAAUCCAUCUGUCUCUUGUUGGGGAUUUUUAUUUUAAAUUCUUGGGUGUGUCCUCUUUUGUGGUGGCAAAUUGGGCAUGACUAAAAAAAGGUAUACAGAGAAGUGACCACAUUCUUGUGUCUUAAUGCUUUUAAAGGUGAAGAUGACCAUGUGAAUUUAAGAGUCCUGGACCUACCAUGGUGAUGCAGAGAUGCAGACCUUUGUAGCCAUUCCCAAUCUGGUCACGAUCCACUUGAUUCGUACUUACCUAAUGGAAUCAGAAAAUGUAUUUACACAAGCUCUCUCAGUAAGCCUAUUCUCAUUUAGGAAUGACACUGCCUCUUAAAAUGAUACGGAGAGGGAAAGAGACGGAGGGGGAGAGGAAGAGGAGAAAGAAGAGAAUGAACAGGGGAGGGAAAAAGGAAGGAGAAAGGAAGGAGGAAAGAAGGGAAAAAUAAAGGGAGAAGUAAAAAAGGAAGGAGGGAAGAAAAAAGAGCCCAACUUACUGAUCCAUGAACCUCUUAGUUCAGCUAAGAUAUUGCAUUAUGAAAACUGCAUCGCAAACUCAUAAAUGAGAAACCAUUUUUAACAACCCAGUGAUUGCACCUGUACUGGUGGAAAGCAAGACAGCCUUCACCUGAAUUGUCAAAGGUCUGUAAAGUGAGAGUCUUACACCAUUCAAAAACAGUGAUUUCCAAUCUGAGAGAAAAAAAAAAAGAAUAACACCUAGCCAAGCAUUCAAGAUAGUUCUUUUAAAAAAUUAUUUAUUAUAACUUCAAUCUUCUAGAGCAGUCUGGCUGAAAACUCCCACAUCAAAUUUACUCAUCCAUUGGAUAAUUAUUUAAUGCCUACUGAAUGCAAAGCAUGAGGUAUCCAAUACUGGAUUGAUUCAGCACAGUUUGUUCAAACGUUGAAUGAGUAAGGAGUUGCCUUUGCUAUAAGCAAGGACACUGGGAAUCUCCCAAUCCUCAAAUUAGAAACCUUUCAGCUAGGAUGAAAAGGGUUUUCAUUUUGUGAGAUAACUUGGUGAGACAACUUGGAGUAGAAAGAGUCUAGGGUCUUAGUUUCCCCAUAAAUCGAAUUAUAAACCAGUGGGGCGGCUCAGAUGCUGAUAUUGCUGAUGCUUUAUUAGAUGUUAUUAACAGAGUCCAGGUGCUGGGACAAGAUAGUCCUAUAGCACUGAGUUGGUUGGUUGUAAUUCAAUGGCCCUGGCUAGGCUGAGACUGUCUGGGGGGCGGGGGUGGAAAUUUCAAGCCAGGGAGGGGUUUUUAAAAACUUUUGUUGUUAUCAGCCAGGGAUACUGUGCUAAGAUUCAUUGGAUCCAACAAUAUGUGAGUAAGUUCCCUUCCGGUUAUAGGAUUCAGUGAUAAUCCCUGUGGAUUAAGGCAAACAAACCCCUAGAAUUCUCUUGUGUUUAUUUUAACCACAUGCUCCCUUCAUGGAUACUGGGAAGAUGUGUUUUCUAUAGACGACUGAACUGUUCCCAGGUAUUUAUGGAAAGUGGGUAUAGACAUGGGGAUCCUAGAAGCUAUUUAAAUGUUUUCCAAAGGAACAAGACCCACACUGCUCCCCAGAGCUCAGUUCCAAUGGUCUUGCGGUGAGGAACUACAGCAAUCGAUUGCUGGGUCUUAAAAUUCUCCCUCAAUGAAACACAAGGAGGCACUUUGUAAAGAACAAAGGAGCAAGCAUGUGUUGUCUGCAAACCCCUGUGCGGUGGUGUAUUCAGAAAGAAAUGUGGAUUACUGGGAAAAGCAAAGAAGCAAUGGCUAAAGUACCAAAGUUGGCAUGUGUUCUUUUUUUAAAAAAAGAAAAAAAAAUAAAAGCAUAUAUUUUUAAAUAAAAUGUUUAUUUUAAAGAGA